AAAACAGUAAGCAGCUAAAAACUAAAACAGAGAGACAGAGAUUUUUUUUUGUUAAUAUAUCUUUUAGUAUUUGUUAAUGUUUUUUUAUCUUUGUUUUUCCUCGUAUAAUGUCUGUAAAUCUCUUGAUUUCCUCAACUACUUCAGUUAUAUUUUCAUCACCUUCUUCAAUUUCAGGAGGACUCUAAGUUUUUUAUCAACGGACUAUUGGAAGCCUUUCUUGUGUGAUAUCUUCUGUAUUUGUACGUCGGAAGCUCGAUGGGUUCGAGAUUCCCAUCUCAUCAGCUCAGCAAUGGUCUUUAUGUAUCAGGUAGGCCAGAGCAGCCCAAGGAAAGAACUCCGACAAUGAGCUCAGUAGCAAUGCCGUAUACUGGUGGUGAUAUCAAAAAGUCGGGAGAGUUGGGGAAAAUGUUCGAUAUCCCUGUUGAUGGCUCUAAGUCUCGGAAAUCCGGACCUAUAAGUAGUGCCCCUUCAAGGACUGGAUCUUUCGGAGGUGCUGCUUCACACUCUGGACCAAUCAUGCCUACUACUGCAGCACCUCGAGCAGGCUAUACCACCUCUGGUCCUGGACCUACAGGAGGCAUGUCUGGUUCAACUUCAUUAAAGAAGUCAAAUUCUGGACCAUUGAAUCGACAUGGGGAUCCGGUAAAGAGAACAUCCGGCCCUCAGUCCGGUGGACUAACAUCAAGUGGACGCCAAAACUCUGGUCCUAUUCCAGUCCUUCCUGCUACUGGUCUCAUUACAUCUGGGCCUAUCUCUUCAGGCCCACUAAAUUCAUCUGGGGCUCCUAGAAAAGUAUCCGGUCCUUUGGAUACAAUGGGAUCAAUGAAGGUACAUGGUUCUGCUGUGAACAUUCUUAACCAUGACGAUGAUGAGUUUUCUUUUAAGAGGAACUUCCCGAAACCAAUAUUAUGGUCAUUGAUACUGCUUUUUGUGAUGGGUUUCAUUGCUGGGGGCUUUAUUCUCGGAGCUGUUCACAAUGUCAUUCUCCUCAUCGUUGUUGUGGUCCUUUUCGGUACUGUUGCUGCAUUAUUUGCUUGGAAUUCGUGUUGGGGAAGAAGAGCUAUUAUGGGGUUCAUUGCUCGUUAUCCCGAUGCUGAGCUCCGAAAUGCAAAGAACGGACAAUUGGUGAAGAUCUCCGGGGUUGUAACAUGCGGAAACGUGCCGCUCGAAUCAUCCUUCCAGAAAGUUCCUAGAUGUGUUUAUACAUCUACUAAUUUAUAUGAGUACCGCGGAUGGGAUUCUAAAGCAGCCAAUCCUAAACAUCGCCGAUUUACAUGGGGGCUUCGAUUGUCCGAAAGGCGUGCGGUUGACUUCUACAUCUCCGAUUUCCAGUCGGGUUUGAGAGCAUUGGUAAAAACAGGCUACGGAGCAAGGGUGACUCCUUAUGUGGAUGAUUCUGUUGUCAUUGAUGUUGACCCGGCCAGUGAAACAUUACCUCCAGAUUUCAUUAGGUGGCUCGGAGAAAGGAACCUUUCGAGUGAUGACCGUGUAAUGCGGAUAAAAGAAGGGUAUAUCAAAGAAGGAAGCACGGUUAGUGUAAUGGGAGUUGUUCAAAGAAACGACAACGUGCUCAUGAUCGUCCCUCCGUCCGAGCCAAUAACAACAGGAUGUCAAUGUGCAAAGUGUAUCUUCCCUGCUGGACUCGAGGGUAUUAUAGUGAGAUGUGAAGAUACAUCGAAGACCGAUGUUAUCCCGGUUUAGUAGUGUUCGCUCCUUGUGGACUUUUUCAGGUAACAUAGUUAAAAUGAUUAUUCUUUCUUUAUUUCUAUGGCAAUGGUGGCAGUGUUGGUGGGCGGAAAAAAUGGCGCUUAUGAGAGGCGAUAAUGCGAUGACUUAGGAGUUUCGGGGUAGGUGAUUGUUUUUGUUGUUGUCAUUUUAACUCGUUGUAUAGCUCUUUGGUUUCUAUGUUGUUUUUCGAUUUUUUGUUUUUCUUUUUAGUCCCCGUGUUUGACGCGUAUUUGAUGGGAUAUAACCUUUCAAGGACUUUUCGAAUACAUAAAAGAAAAUACCCGUGUCGAAUACAUAUUUGUAUUUGAUACUCACACCCGAAUCUGAGUAAAAUAGGGCUCGGAGGCUUUUGUCAUGGGGGUUGGCUUGAUGUUAUUAGGGAGUUUAUGCGUGUUGAGUAGUAGAUUGCAAUUAUGUAAAAUAGAAACGAAAAAAAAAUUAAUCUAUGUUUUGCAUUGUUUUAUUCA